GGCGGCUCCAGGCGGAAGUGCGCACGAGCGGAUGCCCUGGCCCCGAGUCAGGCUCGAGGGUUAAGGAUGGAGCCGGGGACCGAGGCUCAGACCCAGACCCAGACCCAGGCCCAGGCCGGAGCUGAGGGAGGGGCUGUGCUGCAUAUCGUGGUAGUCGGUUUCCACCACAAGAAGGGUUGUCAGGUUGAAUUUUCAUAUCCACCGUUGGUUCCAGAAGAAGGGCAUGAUGGUCACAGCUUGCCUGAGGAGUGGAAAUAUCUCCCAUUUUUGGCCCUUCCUGAUGGAGCACACAACUAUCAGGAAGAUACCAUUUAUUUUCAUUUGCCUCCAAGAAGUGGAAAUCGAAAGACAGUUUAUGGUGUUUCCUGCUACCGACAGAUUGAAGCCAAGGCCCUGAAGGUACGGCAGGCUGAUGUCACAAGAGAAACGGUUCAGAAGAGCGUUUGUGUACUCAGUAGGUUGCCCCUUUAUGGAUUGCUUCAAGCAAAAUUGCAGCUCAUCACACAUGCUUAUUUUGAGGAGAAAGAUUUUUCACAGAUUUCCAUUCUAAAGGAACUUUAUGAACACAUGAAUAGCUCUUUAGGAGGAACUGCAUUAGAAGGCUCCCAGGCUUGCUUAGGUCUGUCUCCGCGGGACCUGGUUCUCCAUUUCAAGCAUAAGACAAUAAUUCUCUUCAAGUUGAUUCUUUUGGAGAAAAAAGUUCUGUUUUAUUUGUCACCAGUAAGUCGUCUGGUUGGAACCCUGAUGACUGUUCUGUCUCUCUUUCCAGGAAUGGUAGAACAUGGUCUAGCAGAUUCAUCGCAAUACAGACCACGAAAAAGCACCUCCGAGGACGUUGCACUCCAAGAACAUGGUUUGAAUGCUGAAGAUUAUGUUUCCAUUUCUGUGUCAGAUAUUUCAAACCCUGCUUCAGAAUUCAGUGUAGAAACAAAAUAUCCAGGAGGAGAUCAUCAUGAGAAGAUGAUAGAAAAGGUGGUAACCUUUUCAGAUGUACAGAGGUCUGAGCACACAGAUAGUAAACAACAGCAGCAGUUGCGACUGCCACAGCACAUUUCAUCCAACUCUUCAGAGAGUGACUGGGAAACUUUGGAUCCAAGCAUCCUUGAUGCUGACAAUGGGGUAAAGGAAGAGGUGUUAAACGAAAAGGAUCAUUCUGACAAAAGAGAAGCAUUUAUGUCAGAUUCCUCAUCCUUGCCAAUCACAGUGCAACCACAGGCUAACACUGGCCGGACAGUGAUAGUCCCAGGGUUAAUUUCAGGUCUGGAGGAAGAUCAAUAUGGUAUGCCUUUAGCUAUUUUCACGAAGGGUUAUCUUUGCUUACCGUACAUGGCUUUGCAGCAGCAUCAUCUUCUGUCUGAUGUCACUGUCCGUGGGUUUGUUGCUGGGGCAACAAAUAUCCUUUUUCGCCAGCAGAAGCACUUAAGUGAUGCAGUUAUUGAUAUCGAGGAAGCUGCAAUUCAGACACAUGAUCCAGAGCUACGGAAGGUGUUGAACCUCACCACAGCAGACCUACGGUUUGCAGAUUUUUUGGUGAAACAUGUAACUGAAAAUAGGGAUGAUAUCUUCCUCGAUGGGACGGGCUGGGAAGGAGGAGAUGAAUGGAUCAGGGCCCAGUUUUCACUCUAUCUCCAUUCCCUUCUUGCCACUACUUUGCAGCCAGAUAAUGAAAAAAUGUUAGCAGACUAUGGCGUUUUGUUUGUCUCUGCAUGGAAGAAUACACACAAUUUCAGAGUGUGGAACAGCAACAAACAUCCUGCUGUCACUGAAAUCAACCCCGGGCAUCCAUUCCAGGGACAGUACAAUGUAUCCGAUGUCAAACUAAGAUUGUCACAUGGAAGACACAAAGUAUCCCAAUAUAGAGGCAAAAGGGAGGACCUUAAAGAAUUCAAGAUCACUAGCAAAAAACACAACAGGAAACUAAUGGAACUAAAGACUAGCAAAUCCUCUGGAUCUGAGGACCUGCACUGUAGGGUCUUGAAGGAAGUGGCUACAGAAAUAUCAGAGGCAUUGGUUGCAGUGUUCCAAAAUUCCUAAAUUCUGGAAAAGUCCCAACAGAUUGAAAGAUGGCAAAUAUACCAUGACUAUUCAAGAAAGGAAGUAGCCAGAAAGCAGAAAAUUAUAGGCCAGUUAAUCUAAUAUCUGUCAUUGAGUCCUUGCAGUAAUCCAUUGAUAGGGUGAUUGUAGGGAUACAUUUACAAGAUCGUAAUAUAACUAGGAUCAAGUAAUUUUGUGGAGAAAUUGUUUUAUGAAUUUGUUAGUAUUCUUAACAAGUAGAGAGGAUGAAGGAGAACCAGUCGAUGUUCUCACAAAAUUGACAGUUAUGAAGCUUCUGGAUUUUGAGACAGCCCUUCAAUGAAAGCGGAAACUGUGAAAAGGAGAUCAGAAAAAGAAAACUGAGAAGUAAGAUUGGUCUUUGCAGAUUUUAGGAAAACCAAAACUGAAUUCAAACUUUUGGGCCAACUGAAACUUGGUAAAUGUGUGUAAAGAGAAAUGAAGCCAUGAAAGUUCAGUAGUUGAAGUUUUUGAGUCCAGUGGUACUGUGCAGGCAAGUUGAAAAAGACUAGUGAGAUCCAAAAGCUGGGCAUAAACAAAUACACAGUUGCUGUUGCUGAUUCUGUUAUUUGAAGGGAACAUUAUUGGAUCUGUGUCAUCCAGAUCAGGUUAAAAAGAUCCUGCUACUGUGUGCCAGUUUUAUUAAAAUGUUAUUCAUUGGAAGUUGAGUUCGUUGUGAGCUGCUUUCAGCUGAGGAUCAAACUAGUUCUCCCAAGGAAAGGAGCUGAAACUCUUUGUGUUGAAACACAUUGUUUUGAACGACUUAGUCACUCAGUUGAAUGGCCUCAAUGCUGAGUAGAGUGUUCAGCCAGUUCAUAAAAUCUACUAUUUAAUCUGUAACUUCUGGUUUGUAAUGGAUUGCAGUUUAUCUGUUAAUUCAUGCUAAUGUAAUGUUUUUAAAUUUUAAACUAUAGGUAAUGAACUAAGCUGGUGUUUACUUGUUGGAUUCAUGUAGAGUGAAAUGUUUCCUGUUUAAAACAUGAAAUCCAAUGGGUUCCUCCCUUUAAUAGGUAGCUGGGAUUUCAAGUGAUUUUUCUUUUAAAAGAAAAUUCUAGUCUUAACUGAGAUUUUAACAAUAUGCUAUAUUUGGGUUUCCAAACGAUGCCGUAAAAAGGUUACCAGGAACAUUACCACAGUGUUAAAGCUGAUAUGAUAGCAUGGUUAGAUGAUUGGCUAACUAACAAUAAAUACAUUUGCAAUAAUUUUUCAAGUUGAGAAGCUGUAACUAGCUGCAGGAAUCAAGAUAGGGCCCUCAACUAUUUACAGUCAAUAUUAUUGGCUUCAUUAAUGGAAGUCACUGUAUUGCAGCCAGAUUUGUUGAUGAUGAAACAUACGUAAAAACGUAAGUUGUGAGGGGGAUAUAGAGAGUCUACAAAAGAAUAUGGGCAAAAAUUGGCAGAUAGAAUACAAUUUAAGAAAAUGUAAGGUUGUUUAUUUUGGAAGGAAGAAUAGAAAAACAGAAAGUUAUAUCACCACAAAAGAUUCUUACCUGCUUGACAGGAUGAUUGCUAGGAGUAUGUUUUCUCUCUUGGGGAGACCAGAACUGGAAGCAUGGUUUAGAAGUAACAGGUUUUCCAUGCCAAGACCUGAUGAGGAGGACUGUGAUUCUCGCAGAGGAAUACUGAUUUUGAAAUUCUCCUCCACAAAGAGGAAUAGCAAUCAGGUCUUGAAAUGUAUUCAAGAUUGACUUAACAGAUUUUUGAUCUGCAGGGUGGUCAUGGGCUUUAGGGAGAGGCAAGAACAUGGAUUUAGUAGUGCAGUGAGAUCAGCCAUGAUCUGAUUGAAUGGUGAAACCAAGUGGAUGGGCCAGUUGGCUGCAAUUUCCUAUGAUCUUACUAAGGCAUGUUUUGAAAAGAAAUUUCACACAAUGAAACUGGAAUUUGUCAUCUUUACUCACCACAAAAUGUGAUACAGACAAGUGUGUAACAACAUGAACCUAGAAAGAUUCCAUAGAAUGUAGCGUACAGGUUAAUCCAUCAUAUGGCUUAACCUAAUUUUCUCACUGCUUAAAGUUGUGUUUUUACAUUUACUGGGUACAUAAGUUGACUACCCCUUUUAGCUAUGAAAUACUAUGCCUGCACUGAUCUUAACUGUUCUUUCCCACAGUGCAUAUUUUAGUUACGUUAUAGUACUCAUCGGCAAAUAGAAGCAAGCAGGCAAUAUAAGCUGCAGGGCAUUUUAGUACAUGUCUGUGCCCCAGACUGCACAUGGCACGGUAAGGAACAAAUACAUAUGGGUCCUUCAACAAAAAGAAUGAGGUACAAGGCUGUUUUCGGGAUAAAAGCCUGACAUUUGCUAACUCAUCAAAAAUCUUUGCUGCACCAAGAGAAUUUAGUGCUAGUGAAAAAACUACAUGAACCUGAAGAAAAUACCCAAGACUAAAUGCAACGUCAGAACAGGGCCAAGCCACUGCCAUCAGCUGAAGAAAUAUAUCUUGGGACAGGUCCUCAAAAACCAUUGGAAUAGUCACCAAAAAUGCACUGAAGUGGUCCAACAAACCCUGAGUCCAGCAAAGACUCACAUCAUCAGCUACUUAGUGUAACCAUGCUUACUUAAGAGGACAGUCUUGUUUGACAGCAGAAGACCAAAAUGCUCAGAGACUAAUGGAAGUUAAAAUAAUCAAUUCACAUCAGUCAUCAUCAUUGUUAAUGAAUCACCCAGGAAUUUUGGUGUACCCAGUAGCUGCACAUUGGGAUUUUGAAAACCCUUCUAAUGAAAGCAGUGGGACAUGAGAAGACAAGGCUUAUGAUGGGACUACAUGGCGAACGGAACAGCAUUAAAGCCUGAGGCAAUUUUUCAAUUUUCAAAUGCAAAGCUAUGCCAAACAUCAAAAUUGCUGCAGGAGUUUCUGUGCAUGUCCGUGAUAACAGUUGGAUGGAUGAGGAUAGAGUGAAGCUAUGGGUCAAUAAUAUGUGGAAUAGUUGUCCUGAUGGCCCAAAUAAAAUUGUACCUUUAUUAGUGUGUAAAUUGUUCAGAACUCAUAAGGUAUGAGAUCAAGAGCUACCUUCAAAGAAAUAAAGCCCACCUUGCCAUUUUAGCAGUUGGUCUAACAUCCAUAGUCCAUAUACACCUCAACAAGAUUUUGAAGCAUCAUGUUCAUGCUGAAUGUAUGGUUGAUGCAGAAAAAAACUUGGCGAUGUAUCCAAGAUAACACGGUGUGAAGCCGGAUGAACACAGCAGACCGAGCAGCAUCAGAGGAGCACGAAAAUUUGACGUUUUGGGUCAAGACCCUUCUUCAGAAAAAUUUUUCUGAAGAAGGUGCUUGACCCGAAACGUCAAAUUUUCGUCGUCCUCUGAUGCUGCUUUGCCUGCUGUGUUCAUCCGGCUUCACACUUAUCUCAGAUUCUCCAGCAUCGGCAGUUCCUAUUAUCUCAGUGGCAAUGUAUCCACUUCAUUAGCAAAAACAUGAGAGUUGGUUAUUAUCUAAAUGGUAAUGGAAUGAGAAAGGGGGAGGUGCAACAAUGCUUGAAGGCAAGGAUGUAGGUGCAGCAGGCAGUGAAGAGGGUAACUGGUUUUUAGUUUCCAUAGCAAGAGGAUUUAAGUAUAGAGCAAGGAUUUCUUGCUGCAGUUAUAGGGCCUUGAGAAGACUAUGGCUUGAAUAUUGUGUGCAAUUUUGGCCUCCUUAUCUGAGGAAAGUUGUUCUAGCUAUAGCGGGAUUGCAAUGAAGUUUUUCCAGACUGAUUCCUGGGAUGGUAGGACUGACAUAUGAAGACAGACUGGAUCAGUUGGAACUAUAUUCACUAAAGUUUAAAAGAAUGAGGGGGAAUCGCAAAUAAAUUUUUAAAAUUCUUAGAGAACUAGACAGGAUAAAUGCAGGGACAAUGUUCCUGAUGAUCUGGGAGCCCAGAACCUGCAGUCAAGUCUACAUAGAUAUGUAGCCAUUUCUGAAGAAGGGUCACUGGACCCGAAACAUUAACUCUGUUUUCUCCUCCACAGAUGCUGCCAGCCCUGCUGAGCUUUUAUAUAUAUUAUAUAGCACGUCAUUCAGCAACAGGAUGAGAAAUUUCUUUACACAGAAUGGAGAGCCUGUGAAAUUCUCUAUCAGAGAAAGUGUUUGAGGCUAAGGCAGUGAAUAUUUUCAAGAAGUAGUUGACAUUAUUCUUAGGGCUAAAGGGAUCAAAUGGUAUCGGGAGAAUGUGGGAACAGGGUACUGAGUUCCUGAAUUACUGAUCAGCCAUGAUCACGUUGAAUGGUAGAGCAGGUUCAAAGAGCCAAUGGUCCAACUCUUUGUUUGUUUUUCAUGGCUGUAUCUGCCCUGUGGUUGAUUUGGUUAGUGUCAUUUUCACAGCACCCAUCUUGAUCAUCACAAUAUUAUCUAUGACAAAGAACACAAGCUUGAUGCCUUCAGAUGCACAAAUCUCAGAAAUAACUUCUAACCAGCACAUUCCCGGAGGAGAUGAUGAAAAACUGCUGAAUACUUUAAUACAGAGGGCUUUAGGUGGCCUGGAUCACAAAAGGUUACCGUGUACUUCCACACGUAAUUAGGAAUGUUUUGCCUUAUUGAAUGAAGAAUGGUGUACAAAAGCAGGGAGGUCUUGUCACAACUGUUCAUGCUAUUUCACAACGCCAAGAACUGCAGAAGAGUUUUGGAUUUCAUACAGAUGGACUGAUACGCUCAUUUUCUAAGUCUUCAUAAACUCAAACUUUCAGACUCUGCAGAUGAGAAGGUUGUCUUGAGGUAAUGUUGAACCCAUACUGAUUGGAGUUUAGAAGAAUCUUAUUGAAACUUAAGAUUCUGACUUAGCAGAAAUACAUGCUGAGAAAAUUAUUCUUUUCAAGGAGAAAUCUAGAACUAGGGAACACAGUUCAAUGAAACAGUUUUCCAUUUAAGAUGCUGGCAAGAUAGAACUUCUCUCAGUGUUGUCAAUCUUUGGAAUUCACUGCUGCAGAGAGCAGUGGAGACUGGAAAUAUAUUCGAGGCUGUUUUUUGUUCUGUGAAGGAGUCGAGGGUUUUGGGAGACAGACAGCUAAGUGGAAUUUAGGCCAUAAUCAUAUCCCAGGGACAUUACUGAAUUGAGUAGGCUUGAAGGACUGAAUGGCCUAGUCUUCCUCUUAUUUCUUGUGUUCUUAUGCUAAUGAGAAAGGUGAUGAAAAAUUAUUUUCACUUGCAAGUGAUUAGAUGUAAAUAUGUAUUUAGCAUUAGAAACAAAGGGGCAUUUGGAAAAGCAUUUUUCACAGAAGAAAUUAUCACAAUAUAUAUAGCAAUUAACAGAAUGAAAUUAACAUUUGUUGAGUAAAACUAUCAGAGGUGCAAAGAGACUGGGGAAAUGUGAUUAGAAUAUGUAUAGCAUUGAUGUGGAUUUUGAAGUAUUAUGAUCAUUUGUUUUCAGAACUUUUAUGGGCAGCACUAGUUAACACUGCUGCCUCACAGUGCCAGGGACCCAGGUUCAGUUGCACCUUCAGGUGAUUGUGUGUGUGGAGUUUGCACAUUCUCCCUGUGUCUGCAUGGGUUUCCUCUGGGAGCUCCAGUUUCCACCCACAGUUUGAAGAAUUGCAGGUUAUACCAUGCUAAACUAUCCAUCGUCUCCAGUGAUGUGUAGGUUAGCUAGAUUAGGAAU